UACGCCGUUUAUGGUGAAAUAGAAAAUCGAAUCAAGUGAAAUACUAGAAAUAGUACGCCGUUUAUGGUGAAUUUUAACAAGAGAUGUUAAAAUUGUUUUGGGAGUAGAAAUCGAAUCAAGUGAAACACUAGCCGGAAUAUUACUGAAAGUCAUUGAAAAAGGCGGGGAUUGGGGAAUGGCGACGGUGCAGGCAGUAAUGGGGAAUCUGUCGGCGAGUGAUCGGCGAAUACUGACGGCGGUCAACACCGGAGCCUCCACCUUCUCAUUUAUCGGUUCCGGAUUCAUAGUGCUCUGCUAUUUGCUCUUCAAAGAGCUCCGCAAGUUCUCCUUCAAACUCGUCUUCUUCCUCGCCCUCUCCGACAUGCUGUGUAGUUUCUUCAGCAUAAUAGGGGAUCCAUCAAAGGGAUUUUUCUGUUAUGCUCAAGGCUAUACCACACAUUUCUUUUGUGUGGCUUCUUUUUUGUGGACAACAACAAUUGCUUUUACACUUCAUCGAACCGUUGUUAGACAUAAAACAGAUGUGGAAGAUUUAGAGCCCAUGUUUCAUUUGUAUGUUUGGGGAACUUCAGGAGUUGUGACUGUAAUACGCUCUAUCAGCAAUGACCAUGGGCAUAUAAGUCAUAUAGGAGCAUGGUGCUGGGCCCAAACAGGACGUACAGGGAAGGCGGUUCACUUUAUAACAUUUUAUGCUCCUCUUUGGGGUGCAAUUCUUUUUAAUGCUGUCACCUAUUUCCAAGUAAUACGCAUGUUAAAAAAUGCAACCCGUAUGGCAGCUGGCAUGUCGGAGAGGAUAUUCCAGUUUGAUUCACGGCCAGAUGUAAAGGACAAGGCUUGUGCUUUUGUGGGGUUUUGCAAGAAGAGGAGGAAGGUACUGAACCGCUGGGGCUAUUAUCCUCUCAUUCUAAUAGGAUCAUGGUUCUUUGGCACAAUCAACCGCAUCCACGAUUUUAUUGAACCAGGACACAAGAUAUUUUGGCUUUCUCUUCUUGAUGUAGGAAUGGCUGCACUCAUGGGUCUGUUCAACUCAAUUGCAUAUGGCCUUAACUCUUCAGUACGCAGGGCAAUAUAUGAAAGAAUGGAUCUGUUGCCAGAACGGCUGAGAAAAUGGUUUCCAAAAAGUUUGAGGUCAAGAGGUCAGCAACAGGAAAGUGAAUUAGUAUCCUUAAAAAUUCAGGACCAGCAAUAGCAAUUACAUGAUUUUCUUGUACAUUUAGCUGGAUGAGGUUGUCUCUGCUAAGUGAAACACCUACAAGUUCCACUGGGGUUAGUUGUAUUUCAAAACAGCUACAGCGUACAGAUUAUCUGAAGCAUUCUGGUUCACUCUCGUCAUGGAAGGAGGGGCAGUUCUUUUUUCUCUGGUUGGCCUUCUUCUAGUCUAUUUUGCUGCAAAUUUCCACUGCCGAUGCUCAUAUUCAAUCUGGCCUACAUGGAGGGUACCAAGUAGAAGAUACCAGUGGAUGGACUCAGACAUAUAGACAAACGUUGCAUCACUUUGGAUUUGGGGGAACUUGGGAAUGCAUUACUGUGAUAGCUGUUAAGAUUGGGUUAUAGAUUUUUUUAAAGUCUAACUUGUGCUCAGAAGAUUAAAUUGAUCAUUCUUUCUUGCGUGCAGUAACUGGUGAUUAUGGAAUUUUUAAACUCCUAAUUGAUUGAGUUUGUUUACACCAUUUUGGUUU